GUCUUUACAGGUCUCUCUUUGUGGGGAUAUGGCUGAGAAUCCUUGGCUCUUUGAAGACCUUCCAAUGGAGACUUCUUUGCCUUCUUUGUGGGGUUACCAUGAGAGUGUUGAGGAAUUGAAACAUAAGCUUUGGUGCACAACAAUGGAGUUGGAAACAGUGAAAAAUAAUGCAAAAGAAGAGAUGAGAAAAAGUGAAGAGAAUAUAAACAAUUUGAUUCUGCUUCUAAAGAUGACUAGUCAAGAAAGAGAUGAAGCAAGAGACCAGCUACAAAUUUUGCUCAACAAGAUGGCACAAGCAUCCCCUGUCAAUGCUUGUUUCCAGGCUGAAACUCAACAGAUGGUGCAAAUCAGAGGAAAUUCUAGUGUUACUGAUUCUGAUACUUUGUCGGAAACUCCGAAACAUCAUCAACAACAACAACAACAACAACAACAUCAACCUCAAUCUGCAGAUUCAUUUUUUGAUGCUGUGUCUUCUUCUCCUGAUAUUUCAGGCAAUGUAGGAGGAUCACAGCAGGUUUUGGUAGAGUGUAAACAAGAUCAGGCUUCUGCCAUCAUUGAUGGACUUGUUUCGGCGAAGAAUUUGCCGGAGAAUGGCAAGUUCUUGCAGGCUGUGAUGGAAGCAGGACCUCUUCUUCAGACUUUACUUGUCGCCGGACCAUUGCCGAGAUGGCGAAAUCCUCCUCCUUUGCAGCCUUUUCAGAUUCCUCCAGUUUCUGUCAAAUGCUGCAAUGGACCUCAAGUUCCCAAUUCAACUCCUGCUUUCAAUCAUCCAAAUUAUUCACUGCAUUGUUCUUCUGCAUCAAUGCUGAGUUUUAAGAGAUCUAGUUUACCUUCUUGCGGAAUUAGUUACCAGAAUUUGUCAGCAAAGAGACAGAAAUCUCAGUAGAACAGUGAUGAUGAUUCAUCCUGCUUUUUUUCCUUCUUUUUAAUUAGCUAGAAUUCACUAAUUUCAAUCUUAUAUAUAUAUAUAUAUGCAAAUUUGACAUGCUGAU